AUGAGUGAGAUGUUAAUUAUUUCGCUCCGACUUUCCUGUCAUUUUGACUCGGCGGGAGAGUUCGGUAGCUGCUUAGUUGCAGAUAAUUAGUUUGGCGCUUCUCUGUAUGCUUACAUGCUCCACAUGGGAGAACUUUAUACCUCUUGGCUGUCAGUAUGGCAACCCUGACCAGCUGCAGUAUUAGGUGGCCCCUGUGUUUAUACCCAUAUGACACCAGGCUGAUUUACAAAGCAGUUGCACAGUGCAGGACCCCUCUGCUGAGAAAAUGUCAAGACUUUCGUGUCUGUUCUACUAAAAAUGUGGAGAAGGAGGAAACAGAGAGACACAUCAGUCCCAGUACUGGAAGAGUUAAGAGCACAAUGGAGGGAACGGGAGACAGCUCUGAGGAAAGCAAGGAGAGAAGAGCAGCUCAUCAGUAAGAGACUGUUACGGGACUUAACUGAAGAAGGAGCUCAUGGGAGUGAUGAUCAUAUGCUUGAAGAGAAUGCCCAGUCACAUUUCAUGUCUGUGGAGCAGAUUGCAAAAUUAAUCGAGGAUCUCCAACGUGAGCCAGAACAGAUGAUUACGCCUCUUACUGCUCUUCGACACAGUCUCCGUAGAAAUGAUGUGCGUCUAAUGUUUACCAGGGUGGAAGACAGCAUGAGGGUUUUGGUCGCACUGUUCACAUGCCCCUUUACUGAUAUCCAGAUGGAGGCAGCCAGGUGCUUGCAUGAACUGUCUCAUUCAAAUGAACUGCAAGUAUCAAUGGCAUGUCUCCCAGCAACACCAUACCUCCUCACAUAUCUGUCGGGAUAUAGUCAACAGUUUACAGUAUUAUGCUUGUACACCUUGGGUAAUCUCAUUGUGGAUAGUGAAGAAGUAAGGAACCGGUUGCUUCUCCAAGGAGUCAUCCCAACAUUUGCCAAAUGUACUCAGUCUCCACACAUGGAUGUACAGGAAGCCCUAGGCUAUGCAUUUUCUCAGCUAUUGCAGUCAAAAGAAGCACCUGAGAAGAUUAUUCCAAUGGUUCUAGAAUCUGGCCUAACACAGGAUAUCCUAAGAAUACUGCUGUCCUGCACUGAAGAGUGGUUUGGAGUUGCUAUUGAGAUGGCUUGGUGCCUUCAUUACAUUGUUAGCAGCCACGUGAACAAUGCAUUGCUGAUAUCCCAAGGUUUGGUGUCUAAAUUAGUCCCGUUUCUAAUAGAAAAAGCUGCACUUAUUACAAAGCAAGAAUCUUUGGAUCUUGAACUGCUGAUCUGCCCAGUGAUACGUUGUUUAGGAAACCUGCUUGGAGAAGUGGACUCAUCUGGCACGAAGGUUGAGGUCCAAGAUGGGCGUCUGCUAAUAGCUUUGUUCGUUUUCAUACAACAUUUCAAGGAUGAACAUCCAUUUAUGGUACGGGAGUGUCUCUGGGCUGUUAACAAUCUUACAGUACAAGAUCCUGUUUGGACCUCAGCUUUACUAAACGUCAACUUAUUGCCUGCCCUGCUACAACUGCUGGCCCAUUCAAAAGAUGUCUUCCUGAUGAUUGCCACAAUUUUGCAUAACAUCGCAGAUCUGGGGUUGGGUUAUUGUCAGCAACUGAGGGAAAAAGGAGUUCUGCCGUGUUUAACCCCAGCUCUGCGUGACGACGACAUACAAGUGGCAAGGAUAAGCCUAGAAUUACUGAAUAAGCUUUUAACAUACUGUCCAGAUGUUGCUGGAGACUUUUUCCAUAACUCCGGUCUACAGAUCAUUGAGUUACAUAAGGAUAAGCCUGAUCUUCAGCAGCAAGUUCAAGCAGUCUGGAACAAAUAUCAAGAACUGAUAAAAGGAACCAGUGGACCCCCCAGUAUGGACUAAAGAACAGAAAUCAUAUGAAAUGGACAACUGGCAUUUUAGCAUUGCUUUUUGCGGAUGCAUUAAUAUUUAUCUUUCUAAUAAAAUAAGCAUGAAUUGCA